AUGGACGUGGACGUGGACGUGGACGUGGACGUGGAGAACUUGGACGUGGACAUGGACGUGGACAUGGACGUGGACAUGGACGUGGACGUGGACGUGGACGUGGACGUGGAGGACGUGGACGUGGACGUGGACGUGGACGUGGACGUGGAGGACGUGGACGUGGACGUGGACGUGGACGUGGAGAACUUGGACGUGGACAUGGACGUGAACGUGGACGUGGACGUGGACGUGGAGGACUUGGACGUGGACAUGGACGUGGACGUGGACGUGGACAUGGACGUGGACGUGGACGUGGACGUGGACGUGGACAUGGACGUGGACGUGGACGUGGACGUGGACAUGGACCUGGACAUGGACGUGGACGUGGACGUGGACGUGGACAUGGAUGUGGACGUGGACGUGGACGUGGACGUGGACGUGGACGUGGACAUGGACGUGGACGUGAACAAGACGUGGACGUGA